GGAAGCUGCUGGCAAGUAGAUGGUGAUCUGAUGCGGGAUAUGCCGACGCUGACAUUGAGGUGAGGGGGUUGUGGUGAUUAUCAACCCACCAGCGUCGAUACAGCAACUGUUCUGCUGUUCAUCAACCUGUUAAGCAACUGCAAAUGUAAAUAUGCGUGUAAAAUAGUCCUUUUAAACAGCAGUAACGACUCACCAAACAAUCAAACCAAAUCCACUCUUCCGCCAGUCAAAAUAAGCCCGUAUUUAAAGUUUAGUCAUCCAAUGGCGUCAUUUCAUCCACCUCCAAAUUUCUGUCUGCUCGAAGAACUGUCCUCGUGCACGCCUCGACCUCGCGAUAGACAAAGCCAGAGAGCUGUUACAAGAGGAUAAAGGAAAGAGGAAUAAGAACAAAGCAGAGACAAUGGCUGACUCGACUGACGCUUCGUUGUCGAGAAAGGUGAAGGACACGACCGCCGGAUUCGUCGGCGGCGCAGUCCAGGUUUUGAUUGGCCAACCCUUCGAUCUCGUCAAAGUCCGUCUCCAAACCGGCCAGUUCUCCUCCCCGCUCGAAGCCUUCCGCAAAACCCUCGCGGCCGAGGGCCCGCUCGCAUUCUACAAAGGCACCGCCUCGCCCCUCUUUGGCGUCGGCGUCUGCGUCUCUGUCCAAUUCUACGCCUUCCACGAAGCCCGCCGCGCGAUCCUCGCCUCCUCUUCCUCAUCCCAGCUCUCGCUCCCGCAAUUUUACCUCGCCGGCGCGGUCGCCGGUAUCGCAAACAGUCCCGUGGCCGGCCCCGUCGAACAGCUCCGUAUUCUUCUCCAGACCCAGCGCCACGAUAACAAGCUCUACUCCGGUCCCACCGACGCCGUCCGCAAAAUCUACGCCGCCGAGGGCCUCCGCGGUAUCUUCCGCGGCCAAUACGUCACUCUCCUUCGCGAAGCUCAGGCUUAUGGUCUCUGGUUCCUCACGUUCGAGUACCUCAUGCAGAAACUCCAGUCCCGCGGCGUCAAGCGCGACGAUAUCCCGGCCUGGCAGGUCGCGGGCUGCGGUGCGCUCGCGGGCGAGGUCCUCUGGCUGGGCUCUUAUCCGCUCGAUGUGAUUAAGAGUAAAGUCCAGUCCGACGGAUUCGGGAAGGACAGGGUUUUCAAAGGCGCGCUUGAUGCCGCGAGAAAGACGUAUGCUGCUGGCGGCCUCGCGGGCUUCUGGAGAGGCCUGGUGCCUACUCUUCUGAGAGCAACCCCGUGCAGCGCGGGAACGUUUAUGAGUGUUGAGUUGACAAUGAGAUUACUUGGCUGAGGUUUUAUAUCGAGUUUAUAGAUCAUGAUAUAUAAUGUAUUGUAGCAAUUUAAUUAAUCUGAGAAUCAAAUGCAAUGACCAAUGCAUAACUGCAAUAAUAAAAAUACAAUUCCCAAAACG